UAUAUAUAUAUAUAAUAGAAACCGUUAGCGAUUUUGAUGUUCAACAUCAUCUGUGUUGCAUUAUAUUGUGGAUGAUUUGUUUAUGUAUAUAUAUAUAUAUAUAUAUGUAUAUAUACAUAUAUAUAUAUAAAUAUAUAUAUAUAUAUAUAUAUAUAUAUAAAUUUCUUUAGCCUUUUAUUAAGAACGGUAUGAAGUAUCCGCAGCUUGUAUCAACUCGUGCCGUGAACGCCAUCUCUGAUUGGUUAGUAUCACGUUUGGAGCAAUUAGGCGUUGAAUCACCACAGAUCUAUACUAGACUCCUACUAUCUCUCUUACAAUCGUCAGUUCAAGUAAACGAUCCAAUUGAGUUCAGCAACUUGGAAAUAUAUUUUGCCAAUCGUAAGGGCGGAGGAGGUGGAAACGGAAGCCAUCAUAGCAAACGUUAUUAUCAUCAUCAUCAUUAUCAUCAUCAUCAUCACUACCACUUACCUCCCGAUACGGAAACCUUGAAAAAAUUGAAUGCCGUACAAUGUUUACGUGAGAUUGUAUCAACUGAGCAUGAGACAGCAACACUAGAGCAACUAGUUGAUGAAUUAUGCAUUAAAUUAAAUGAUAUUGAGAAGCAAUCUCAAGAUUUAUAUUACAGUGAUGAACGUUUUCUAUUAACGCCAAUAACAAUAACAACAUUAGCAAAACCUUUGGCUACAACAGUCAAUAACAAUAACAAUAAUAAUAAUAAUAAUAAUCACAACAACAACGAUAAGCAAGCACCACAACAUCACUUAGAUUUACAUCAGGAGCAGCAGCAACAGCAACAACAGCAGCAGCAGCAACAGCAGCAACAACAGAGGGCAGCAACAAAACAUCACACCAGUAAUACGCAAAAGCAAAAUUUAACCGAAGCAAAUGUUAACAAAGAUACUGGGAAUAAAGUGAACGAUAUUGAUAACGAUCCAACAAAACGUUAUUUCAGAGCUUUUCCAGCUCUUUCCAAAGAAAUGGAAGAGUCGUUUCGUGUAUGGCGCCGUAACGCAAAAUCUUUAACUUGGCCUGUAGUAGGACGCAUUGCAAGCGAUAAUAAUAAUUGUUCAGCGAAAGAUAGCAUCAAUCCGUCAUCACAUUACGACUGUGCCGUUACGAGCCAAAAAAUUGAUUUAGAGAAAAAGAAAUUAGAAUUAACUAGUAGUAGUGGUAGCGUAGCAGACAGUAAUUCCAAUCAGGGAUUCAUGGCAUCCAAUUUAAAACGUAAACCGAAACGUCGCCGUAAUCAUCCGCCGCAUUAUAAGCCGAAACCUUUGCAGAAUUUUCGCCGAACGAUACUUGGCGGCGUUCAUAAUAGUUUAACGGGCGCAGUGAACAGUGGCGGUAGCAAUAAUAAGCAACAACAAAGCAAUUGCCAUCAACAACAGCCAUCACAUCAACGUUGCUCUUCACCAAGUUCGGCCAUUUGGGAUACAGAUUUUCAGGGUUGCUGGGAAAUGGGACCCGAUCUCAUUAAGGAGUUUCUUUUACGUCAAAAGGAGGGCGGUCACAAACGAAAUCGUAGCACUUCUGAAAGUAGUGCUGGUACUGUAUAUAAUACGAGUAUGGUUUCAAAUAGUAAUGGAAAAGCUGAUAAUUCAAAAAUAUUAAAUAAUAAAAAGGCGGCUACGCGUCGUCCACGAUAUUUAACUUGCACGACAAUGCCUAAUGUGGAUAUUUCCUUUUGUUGCGAUGAAGAUGACUUCUACAGAUAUCAUGCUGAUAACGAUGUCGAUUAUGAUGAUGAAAGCUCUUCAGUUUUGGUUUCAGAUAUUAGUGCAAGCUCGACGGCGAAGCGUCUUUAUCAACGGGAAUGUCUUUCAAAGAGUUCUUUAGCAAUUGAUGAUGACGCGACAGUUAAAACUGCAAUAGAAAAUGAUGAUCAGCAAUUAAGUUUUGCUCAGUUUGAAGCUAAAUUUAAUAGCAAAGUGGAAGCUUUAUGGAAAGAUGUCGAGACGACUAGUGACAACAAUACGAUACAUUCGCCUGCAACAAUAUCUGCCGACAGUUAUAUGAAAGUGGAUGGGACAGGUACCGAUAAUAAUAACCGUGAUAGCGCUACUUUGAAUAUAUCGUCGACUUUUUAUGCUUCUAAGUCCGUAAAUGCUUUAGCUCCUUUCAAGGAGGAGCUAUGGAAUUUCUGGUCUAAUUAUGAUCAAAAUAAUAAGUUAACAUCUGCGACAUCUAUAUCGUCCAUGAUAACGACUCGUUUAAAUGAGAGUAGUGCUAGUUCUUGUGCAGGUGCUGAUACUGCUAAUACAAGUGAUUACUUUUCUAUGCCCAUCAAUUUGGAAGAAUUCGACAAAUCGGUUGGUGCCAUACGUCGCGAAGGCGUUUGUGGGCUAGAGAUCGGCACUGGUGUUGGAAAUUGUACUAACGAUGCUGUUGCUAACUCACAAACUCCUACAGUUGGUGUAUUUUUACAAAAUUCAAUUUGGUCUUCGAGCGCCGAUUAUGUAGAUGGUUCUGGUGGUGUUGCGCUUAUAGCCGAUACUGAUGAAAGUUUCCUUUUUAAGGUCUGGCAAUCGAACAAGAAAUCCGUAUUAUUAGAUCCGACGUCUAACAUCGGGUGUGGAGAAAAGGUUAGCUCACUAAUCUUUACCAAAGAAAAUGUAGGAGAUGGUGCUAACAGGCUGCAGUUUCCAUCGUACAAUAAUCUGAAAUGGUCCGAGGGUAUUAACGCUCCUCCGUAUGCAAAUUUUCGUAAUGGCAAUAAUUUGAGUAACGAGACGUGUGUCGAUAAUAAUUGCCUCGCCAAUUGUAGCGCGCGACCACCAGAUAGCAAGUAUAAUUCAUUGAACUCAAUUGCGUGCACUGCCGCGACAACUGACGCCACUUGGCAUAUAUCUGGUGAUCUUAAUCUUCGACCAGACCUUCAGUCUUGGGGUGCUUCCAAUCCGAUGUCAUUACCGGAAAUGUACGGUCAUGACGUUUGUGACAGCGUUAUCAGUCCGAAUGAUAAUGAAAAUAAAGGCAAUAACGGUGGGAACGAUUGUGAUGAUAUUGGUCCCGGUCCAAAGGUAACGCUGCCAAACCAUUGUCCAGCAACAAGUGGAUUUAUCGCGUACUCGCGUAUUAAAGAAUACGUUGCACCACUUCCGCCUCCACCAUCGCUGCUCCAAAAACAACCGGUUACUCAAGAUAAGAAGAUGGCAAAGGAAAUGUAUAGCAAUACCGCGUCGUCGAUAGGCGGCGGCAGCGGCGGCGGCAGCGGCAGCGGCGGCGGAGAAGAUGAUAAUUUUGAUUUUUUGACUUUUGAUGGUACGCACUUUCAUCCCAUCGAAACUUUUGUUGAUGGUUAUACGUUUGAAAUUAACAGUGUCUUGGAUGUCGUAGAAUACGAACGCGAUGCCAAUGGUUAUUUACGCUUGGAGUCUGAACAAUAUCUGGAAUAUAAACGUGGUGAUAUUUGUGGAGCCGAUGAAGAAUCGGUUACAUCUGCUAGUUCAAUUAAUUCAGCAACAUCAACUGGUGAAGGCACUGCACUUGUUGUUGGCCGAAAAGAAGGCGACGACGGGUUUGUGGUGAAAUUCCGUUUACAACGUGGUUGUGAGAUUGCUUGUCAGACAGAAGAGAACGAUCUUGAAUUAGCGAUCAAGAGACUAGGAGAUAUAUCUUCAUCGCAAUUGAAUGUUCCCCGGUUUUGUAAUGUUUUUGCCACGAGCAGACAGGCCAACAAUGAGGCCGUAAUGGCUGCCGUAACUAAAGCCGUGGCUGCUGCUACAAAAGCAGCCACUGAAAAUCGUUUAAACGCAAGACAUUAUUCCUGGGCUGCCCGCUCCGAGCAAGUGGAUAAUUAUCGAGUUUGGCUGCCAGAUAUCAUCAAUCGAGAUGAGGUCGAUUUUUCUAGGAACUCUCAGUAUCAGCUUACUGUUGAUAAUCCAAAUUGGUGUCAAAUGCGUCGCCAAUCUUAUGAGCAAGUAACUGAUGAAAAUUUGCGUCUUAGUGGCGCGGGUUCAGAUCGCAUAAAUGGCAAUUCUGUAGACAAUUCUUCUCAUACGCUAUGGGGUAUGUGUGCUGCAUGUAACACUUGUGAAUUUGACAGAUCGUUACCCGCGAAUUGUUUGCUAAGAGAUGAAUUAAGAUUGGAAGCUGAUGAAAUUAUGAGCGAUUUAAGAUACAUGCAAGAUUUAUAUAUUGGUAGCAAUUAUCUAAAUCAAGACGCCGCCGACUUUUCUGACAAUGAAAUGGAAACUGAAAACCAAAAAACAUUCAAAUGUGCUGAAGAAAACACUGAGAAAGAUAAAAUAGCGAGAAACCAAACAAAAGAGGACACGGAUGGUAUGGAUAACGUGCAGACGAGUAUGUUGCAAAAAGUUAAUCAACUAAUUGAGGAUUUAUUGAGACCAUCGCAGGAAACUGCUAAAGUGUUAGUUGGUAAUAAAAACGACGAGCAUCAAAUAAACGAAAAUAAUGCGAUUAAAUGGCCAUCAGCAAAAUGCGACAGCGCAAGCAGUUUAUGGCAAUUUGGCAAUCAGCAUGAACGUAAUAUAUGGCAACACGAUGAUAUAUUGGCUAAGAAUGUUAACGAUAAUGAAAACCGAGCUCUAAAACCGAUGCAAGUACUUUUACGUCAAGUGGGCCGCAACGAAGAGCAAGAAUAUUUGGCUAAAUUAAAUUGGGAACAUGAAAAUCUUUCAAAAAUUUGGCAACAAACAACACCACCCCCACCAAUUGCAGCAACAACGUCAGCUGCGAAAGUAAACCGAUGUAAGCAAACGAUUGAGAAACCAAUAGAAAAUGAAAAUGUUAGUCAUAGUCUGGAAAGUGCGGAAAGCGAUACGGAAACGCAAGAAAUGGUCGAACAGAAAAACAUUAAAAAUCGGCAAAAUUCUCAUUCGAUAAAUUCAGCGGCAACUGCUGCCAGCACGUAUAAGAAAGUUCAACAAUUCUUUAACACUUCAGCGGCUAAAUUGAAAAUGGCUGCAAAUCGUAAACGGCGACAUUCAGCUUCACAAAAUUUUUAUCAACAACAGCAACAGCAACAGCAAAUGCAAGAGAAUUUCAAUUUACAACAGAAUAAUAACAAUAAUGACGCCAUAACCGAUUUAAAUCGUUAUAAAUUAUCAUUAGCUGAGGAGCAAUUGCCUCAACAGCCUAAGCAAACAAUAAUCACUUGCAAAUAUUGGACAACAAAAACAAGUGGCACGCCAGCAUCUAUGGAUUCAGCAGCAGCAGCCAUGAUGCUUUUAGCAGCAGCAAGUACGGCUAGCAAUGCCGAUGAUCUAUUAAGUGAAAAUUGUAUAAACAACGACACCACCACCACCACCGCCACCACCACCAUCGCAGCUGAUGAUGCCAUGUCUGAAGACACUACUUUGGGUAAUACUUUCUCAUAUCUGAUUGAUAAAAAUACCUCUAUAUUGAAGCAUGUAACCAUGAUGGCACGACCUCUAACCCGCUAAAAUCUUAAACUCAUAUCUCUCCUUUCUCCCUGCUCAUCCUCUCUUUUACGUAUUUUGCACUUGUAAAAACCAAAACAAUAAUCCUACAUCAACGAAAUAUUUGUCACGAACAUGGUUUAUAUUAUACUAUGUAAAAAAAA